UGCACAUCUGGGCUGGAGGGAGGCUGGGGGCCUGCUCCUCACCCUCUCUCCCCUCCCCUGUUCCCGUCACCCACCCGUCCCUGCUGCCCCCAGGAGCAUCCGGUGCCUGAGAAACAUCAUCCACUGGAACCUCAUCUCGGCCUUCAUCCUACGCAACGCCACGUGGUUCGUGGUCCAGCUCACCAUGAGCCCUGAGGUCCAUCAGAGCAACGUGGCAUGGUGCAGGUUGGUGACAGCUGCCUACAACUACUUCCAUGUGACCAACUUCUUCUGGAUGUUCGGCGAGGGCUGCUACCUGCACACGGCCAUCGUACUCACCUACUCCACCAGCCGGCUACAUAAGUGGAUGUUCAUCUGCAUUGGCUGGGGGGUGCCUUUCCCCAUCAUCGUGGCCUGGGCCAUUGGGAAGCUGUACUACGACAAUGAGAAGUGCUGGUUUGGCAAAAGGCCUGGGGUGUACACCGACUACAUCUACCAGGGCCCCAUGAUCUUGGUCCUGCUGAUCAAUUUUAUCUUCCUUUUCAAUAUCGUCCGCAUCCUCAUGACCAAACUCCGGGCAUCCACCACGUCAGAGACCAUUCAGUACAGGAAGGCGGUGAAAGCCACUCUGGUGCUGCUCCCCCUCCUGGGCAUCACGUACAUGCUGUUCUUUGUGAACCCUGGGGAGGACGAGGUCUCCCGGGUUGUCUUCAUCUACUUCAACUCCUUCCUAGAGUCCUUCCAGGGCUUCUUCGUGUCUGUGUUCUACUGUUUCCUCAACAGUGAGGUCCGCUCAGCCAUCCGGAAAAGAUGGCACCGAUGGCAAGACAAGCACUCGAUCCGUGCACGGGUGGCUCGUGCCAUGUCCAUCCCCACCUCCCCCACCCGGGUCAGCUUCCACAGCAUCAAGCAGAGUACCGCCCUCUGA